UCUGAUUUCAUGGUGCUGAUUGACUUAAAGCGUUUUAUUAAGCUUUAUUUAUUUGGUCCUGAAUUGCGGCGCCAGUAUAUCUGCCGCAAAAAAUAAAUGGCCUCAGCUGUAGUAUCCAGGCUUGUUAUUUUAAUAUUUGGAACUUUAUAUCCAGCCUAUGCUUCAUACAAAGCUGUCAAGACAAAAAAUGUGAAGGAAUAUGUUAAGUGGAUGAUGUACUGGAUUAUAUUUGCUCUUUUUACAUGUAUAGAAACUUUUGCUGAUAUUCUAGUGUCGUUUUGGCUUCCAUUUUACUAUGAAAUGAAAAUAUUAUUUGUACUUUGGAUGCUUUCUCCAGCUACUAGAGGUUCAAGUGUUUUAUAUCGACGUUUUGUUCAUCCUCAGCUAACUAAACAUGAAAAGGAAAUUGAUGAUUACAUUGCAAAAGCUAGAGAUCAAGGUUAUAAUACUGUUCUGCAGCUGGGGACCAAGGGCUUAAGUUAUGCUACUGCUGUUGUGAUGCAAACUGCUUUAAAGGGCCAAGAAACUUUAGUUCAACAUCUUAGGAAAAGUUACAGUAUGAGUGAUCUAGUUGAAGAUGUUAAUAGUCCUACCCAACAUUUUCCAACCACUACUGGAACAGAUGAAACAGAUAGUGGUUCUGAUGAGCAUCAUAAACCUUUAAGGCAUAGAUGGUUAUCAGAAGGUAUUCUAUCAGAAGAUGAGAAGGCUUCUAAAGGACACAGUCCAACUUUAAGUUCCCAAAAUAGUCUUUCUAGACGAGCUCGAAUUGUUAAAACUGUUAAAGGCACACAGCCUAAAGUAAAAACUCUAUCUCAGCAGAACUCAUAUGAAGAGGUAUCAGGUUACGCAACUCUUCCCAGAACUAGCAAAUCAAAAGUCAAGAGAAAACCUUUAUGAUAUGCUCUGAGUGUAUUUUCACUUGUUUUUCAUGACACCAUUAUAUGCCUUAUUGUUUUCGUUUAUUCAUAUACGAAUUUGCUUCUUUACUUAAGUAGACCUUCUUAAGUUGCUCUCAUCCUUUAGAUUGGGUAGUCAUUAAUGAAUUUAUUCUCGACCCUGUGAUGUAAGUAUAAAUUAAUAUUCCAAAUGAUUACUUAUGCAUUCUGUGUACAAAAUAUAUGGAAGGCAAAGAAAAUCAUGCUAAAAGAUGAGCUUUGUUUAUUUUAAGCCUUUUAUUUCAUGUGCAGAUUAUUUAUAUCAUUUGAAAAGAGUAACAGAAUAAUAUCACUACUAUUAAUAAUAAUAAUUGAAAAAACAUUGAUAAUAUAGCUAGUUUUGCUGUUGUUUUCCUCCCCUUAAAAGUUGUUGUCCAAGUUAUUCAU